CUCCUCCUCCGCCGCCGCCGCCUCCCCCUUCUCCUCCCCGCCGCGGAGGGACGGGGCUCUCCGCAACGGCACGGUGGUGCCGCAUCACUACAUGGUGGCCCUGUACCAGCGCCUGGCCGCCCGCCGCGCCCCCGGCCGCCGCGCCGACACCGUGACGGGCUUCGCGGAGCGGGCGCGCAGCGAUGCCUCCCCAUCUGCCUUUGAGCAGCGAUACCUCUUUGACAUCUCCAGCCUGCCUGAGGCAGAGGAGGUGACGGGCGCAGAGCUGCGGAUUCUGCGCUCCCUCCCUGAAAACCGGAGCUUGGCCCUGUCCCCCGAAGGCACCUUCCACCACCUCCUCCUUGCCACCUGCCCAAGCCAGGAUGGCGAGGAGCCCCGGCUGCUGGACUCCAGGGCUGCAGACAUUUUGGACACGGGCUCCUCCAGAUGGGAGGUGUUUGAUGUCUGGGAGGCCUUGCGAGAUCAGAGGCAGAGAUCGCUCUCGGGAAAACUGCUGUGCUUCCUGCUGAGGAUUGUCUUGGAUCAGUCGGGGCAGCUCCUGCCCCCCCGGCAGCUGGGCUUCGGCAAACCCCGGCCACAGCCCCACGAGCGAGCCCUGCUCGUGGCCUUCUCCCGCACCCAGAGGAAGGAGAACCUCUUCAAGGAGAUCCGGGAUAAGAUCAAGGCCCUGGGCAGCCCCCCCUUCCUGGAGCCCCCUGAUCCCAGCCAGGAGGUGUAUGCCAAGAGGAGGAAGAGGAGGACCACCAUUGCCGCCCGGUCUGGGGGCAGAGGCCAUGGGAAGAAGGCGAAGACCCGCUGCAGCAGGAAGCCCCUGCACGUGAACUUCAAGGAGCUGGGCUGGGACGACUGGAUAAUUGCCCCCCUGGAUUACGAGGCGUAUCACUGCGAGGGGGUCUGCGACUUCCCCCUGCGCUCCCACCUGGAGCCCACCAACCACGCCAUUAUCCAGACCCUGAUGAACUCCAUGGACCCGGAGUCCACCCCUCCGAGCUGCUGCGUGCCCUCCAAGCUCAGCCCCAUCAGCAUCCUCUAUAUAGACUCCGGGAACAAUGUGGUUUACAAACAGUACGAGGACAUGGUUGUGGAGACAUGUGGCUGCAGGUAGCAAUUUCUGCAGCUCUCCCUACCCCUCCUGGCCUUGCUCAGCAGCCCUGCCCAUUUUAUAUAUAGAAAUAUAAAUAUAUAUAUAUAAAAUAUAUAUAUACACACAUACACAUUUUGGUGUGUGCCUUUCCAAAAGCCGAGCUCAGAGCAGGUGUUCCUUGUCUUCCUUGGGCCACCCUGGCCAUGACCCCAAGAGUGGGCCCCUCUGAGACUGUGAGGCUGCCACUAUCUCUGUGCCUUGCCUGUUUCCCCCCGGAAAGGGGGGACACACAGCCUGGCAGAGCCCCAAGGGAAUGUCUCCUCAGCCUCUGAGUUUUGCCUGAUACACUCGGUUUGCCAAAGUGGCGCUGACAACAUCUUUCCCAAAGGUUUUGGAAAAUGUAUAGCCAAAAUUUUCUCAUUGGGAGUGACGACCUGGGGAGGUUGAGUGGUGUCUGCGGCAGAGGGAUCAGGUCAGCAUCGCCCUCUGGCUGUGGCGGUGGGAUGGAGGUGAGGUAGGAAUGCUCUUUCCUUUGAGUUAAAGGAGUUUUCCUGGCUGCCUUCAAAUCUCUGCCCUGAGUUUCCUGGUGGAAAAAUAAGGGAUCCCUGGGGGAAGGCAGCGAGUGGAGAACUCGUGGCUGGAGUGGGCUGUAAUCAUUUGGUCCAGGCCUGUUUGCAGUGGGGAGAGGUUUGUGAGCCUGCUGGCAGAGACAGGAAAGAAGGAGAACUGGAUGCUAAAAGAGUCAGGUCUGAAGCAGAGCUUGUGGUCUCAAAAAGAUGGGAGUGGCCCCGGGAGGGGUUAGCUGGAGAUGCCUCCACUCCACGUGGCACUGGCCCUGUUGUCUAUGUCCUUCAGGAGGUACCAGUUGGUGGGUCCCCUCCCUUUCCUGCACAAAACUCCAUUUCCAAGACAUACUGGGAACCCGGCAUCAGGCCCACAAGUCACACAGCCAUCCUGAGCAUGUCUGGAGAGAAACAAAGGUCCCGAGUUCCCUAGGGAAGAGCCAUUUUGCUCGGGUUCUUCUCUUUCCAAAUAAUCUCUAUAAAAGCACUAGGCUCCACCCUAUCUUCCUUUGGCAUCGAUUUCCCAGGGAACUGCAUCCCUCCCUGGAGUGCUGGCUGCUCCCUGCUCCAUUAAGGGAGCUGGAUCCUCCAGGAACAGACCUUUCCCAUGCAGAGGGCCGAGUGCUACCCUCAGGGCCUGCUACAUGAAGCAGGGUGCUUUGACAUGUGCUGAAAGGGCUGCAGGGUUUUACUAACUCAGGAGCUGAGUAUAAAUUACACCUUUAAACCAGAGAAGCCCUUCAUCCAUGCCAGGGUGUGCUUUGGAUGCUGGGAAGCAUUUCUGCUGCACCUCAGUGGCUUUUGGUACCAAACUUUGGCUUCAUGGGUGGGUUGGCUUAGACCAGAGAUGUAUUUGCACAGAUUUUGUGUUUGAUGGUUUGUUUUUUUCUUGUGGGCAGGGUGUUGGUGUGUAAAAUCAGUGCUUAUUGGUGAUGGUAGUUUGCUUUUGGAGGAGAUAAAUCCCUGCUGGAAAACAUGGGAUUUUUCCUACAUUAAUCCAGUUAUCCUCCAUGGCAGGGGUGUUCUGCUGGGAGGGCUGAGCCUGGCCAGGGCAGAGAGGGCAUCACCUCGAAGAGCUCUACUGAGAUCCAAAUGAUUUCAAUGGUCAGAAAAGCCUUGGUGAGCUCCAACAGCACCUUCCCCCCAAGUGCAUCUGUGGGAAGUAAACCGUGCCCGUUGAUGACAGGGACAGAUCCACUGAGAUAACACUCCCAACCUCCCUCCAUCCUCGCCCACAGAGCCUGCUCUGCUUCCUCAGGCUGUGGCUGGUGGCAGCUCAGAGGAGUGAGUGUGUUGCCCUUAAGUCUCAUGUACCCCCUUGACACCUGCAGAGUUCCUCUGGCUUUACAUCCAUGUAUCCAAAAGGAAAACCUAUCUCCCAGCCUCAGCACAAAUGUAAAUAUAUGCUAAUGAUGUACCUGUCCCCAGGGAGAUGCUCAGAGAUGGAGGUUGAGAGGGGAGAGGAAGGUUGAGGUCCAUGCCAUGGGUUUUCUCCCUGUCAGCAUUUGGGGAGGCCAAGGUUCCUGAGUGGGUGAGGAGGAGUCAGCAUGAGGAUUUGUGGAUUUCCUCUGCCCCUUGGCUUUAGCACAGCUGGUUGAGGAAGGAGGUUGGCACAGCAGUGCUCAAGCUGCCGGAUUCCACAUCAGUUAUAAAGUUAUCAAGCUUUGGAAGUACCUAAUUUUUCAAUUGCCUUUGGUUGUUUGAUAGUUUUUCUCACUGCUGAGACAAUUUUUUAAAAUGUUUUUGUUUCUUUUACCCCCUCCCCUUCCUCCAAAUAUUUGUGGUGAAGGUUCAUGGGCAGUUCAAAUCCAGGCAAGAUAUAUAUAGCUCCUGGCAGCCCCUGCUGGCUGGUGGCUCUUGUGAGCCUCCACCAAAAAGGUAUCCUGAGAUCUGCUCCUGUGGGACUGUGUCCAAGGGGACAUGACUCCAGUGUGUGUGACUCCCAGUUCUUGUGGUUUUUGUUCAGCCACAGUUGCAGGGAACAGACAGAUGUCACCCUCCUCAGGUCCGGAGGUGGUUGAUGGAGAGCAGGGUGACAGGUUGGGUCUUGCAAUGCUUCACCCCGGUUCUGGGGCAGUGCCCAUUGCUGGGGUUCAUAUCCUGAACCUCGCGAUGGCUUUGCUGGUCCUGGGGACAAAAGCAGUGGCUCAGUUUCUGCAGUUCGGUAGCCUGGAUCAUUAUAAUAACGAGAGGGGAGGAUUUGGGGAGAUGCAGAGGCUGCUGCUGGCAGCGAUGCUGUCCGUGGUUUCACCCAUGUGGGAGCCAGACCUGGCUCACCUGGCUGCAGGGAACCUGAACAGGGGUGUUUGGUGGGGGAGCAAAUUUCAUCCCCCUGAGGGGAGCCCAGCGGUGCUGGGGCCUGUGCCAGGUGCCACCUGUUCCUUUCCUGGGAAAACAACCUCUGGAGGACAACAGGAGGGCAAAGGAUGGAGUGGAAGCCUCUUUCUGCUCCUCUAAGGAGUCAGGGGAGGCAGCUCCCUGCCUGGGGCUGCUCCAGAGGGAUGUGUAUGAGCAGGGCAAGGCUGGAGGAGAGUGGAGCUGGGGCUUUGGUGAGUAACUGUGCUGCUCCCCCUGGGCGAGUGAUUCAGCUGCAGGGCUUGGCUGUCACAUUGCUCAUUGCUCCCAGAGGAGUAUUUCCAGAGCAAAGGCCACCACCGCCCCCUUUAUGAAUCCCUGCAUGACAACUGCAAGGGCUGCCUCUCCAUCCCCAGGCAGAUUUGGAGAUUGCACCCAAACAGUGGGAUUAGACUUAGGCAACAACCAUCAGAGCUGCUGCAAAUGUGUAGAGGUUUAGAUUAAAUAUCGGGGGAAGAAAAGUCACAGAAAGAGUUGUAAAGCUGUGCCCAGGGAAGCGGUGGAGUCACCAUCCCUGGAAGUGUUCAAAAACCGUGUGGAUAUGGCCCUUGAGGAGAUAGUUUAACGGUGAACAUGGUGGUGGUGCAGGGUUGAUGCCAGGACUCGAUCUUUUCCAGCCUUAAUGAUUACAUGAUUCUAUGUGGAAGUGGUGGGUGUGAAAGCCUUUCUGGGGCAGGGAGCUUCCUUCAGCUGAGUUGUUGCAGCCCUGCACUGCUCGGGGACAACACAGGGAUGUGUCUGUAGAGGGCAUGGAGCAGUGAGUCCUGCCUUUGCAGAAGGGUUGGUGGGGCACUGGCUGCAGGAUGGUGGUAGCCCAGCCCAGCCCCCAUCCCUGGAGCUGCUCCUCCGCAGAGCAUCACCCUCUAAUGCCAAAGGAAGGGUACAGAAAAAAUGUAUUUCUGAUCAGUUGCCUCUUGCCUGAGCUGAUUUUUGGGCACAUGUAAACUUUAUAAAUAAGAGACUAGAGGCUGAACAUGGACAAAUAUUAAUUCAGCAGACUCAGAGUGAUUUUAAUGGAUAAUUAUAGGUUCUCAAUCUGCAGUAUUUAUACAACCUUUCCAGUUAAAAAAAAACCCAAACAGUUUCCAUGCAGUGCAUAUUCUCCUGGAGGAUUUGUUUGACCUUAAGCACCAUUUUUAUCUGCAGGAUAUAAUUACAGUGAAACUAGAAAUAUUAAGCAUUUUAAAUGAACUAUGUAUCCCUGCUUAACUGGCUCCCUCCUCUCUGACAUGGGAAUGUAAUUGCUCAGGAGUAGGGAAACUUGCAAAAUGAUCCCAUUUGACUUGGAAGCACUGGGGCUGGGAUUUGGGGAAGCCUGCCCAGUUGUGACAGGGACUGGUGUGUGUGCCUUGUCUGGGGGCUCCUUGAGCUGGCACCCGAGCCAGUACCUUCAGGAACAGUCAGAAGCAAAAUGACUUUAUGCCUUGUUUAACCCUGGUGUCCAGGGGUGCUUCUGGCCUAGAAAUAUUUCCCAAGAAUCACAGAUUUUUUUUUUUUUUAAGCAAUAAUUGCUUUUUAAUUCUCUUAAAAUAGGGGGCUUGUCUAACCAUGUGUGGCCCCCUCCCCCCUUUUUUUUCUUUUUUUACAUCAUACUUCAAAUCCAGUGAUAGGAGGGAAAUCUCUCUGGUAGAGAGAAGGGUUCACGUGGAAAAGGGCUGAUGUAGCUUCAUCCUGGCACAGCUGCAUUGCUCCCAGUGGCCUCACUUCUGAUUAGCACUGGCAGAUGGAGCCACAUCCUCUUUGCCUGUUGACUGAUGGUUGGCAUAUCCAUAAGGAAAAGGCUGCAAAGGCACCAAUUCUGAUUAAAAGCAAACCCCAAGCCUUGAGCCUUCUGCUCAGGUUUGAGGGCCAGUGACUCCUGUGUGUGUUUGCACCCUGUGGGUUUCAACUCAGUGCUUGGCUGUGCAGCUCUCGCCGGGCAGCACUGCAGUGAUUUAUCCCUCACACUCCCCUUGCAAAGCAAGCAGCUCCUUUUACAGUUUUAAGCCCUUAUCCCACACACCUGAAAGAGGGAUUUAGGGACAGUCACCUGUGCUGGCCCCCAGGGAACAGCAGAUACAUACACUCACCCUGCUGUUGGCAGGGAAGAGACAAGGGAGGCUGGGGCAUCACUUAGGACCCUCUGGGAAUGCAGGUUCCAGGGGCUUCAGCUGGGCAAACGGAGCAGAGCAUCUUGGAUGCUGAUGGGAUGCCGUGGCUGAACAGGAGUUUUGUGGUGAGCUUCUUGUCAUGAUUGUAUCAAUAGCAGCAUUUACAGUUACAUCAAAACCCACAGGACUCAUUUAAUGUGGCAGAUACAUCAUAAAUACCAGCCCAGCUCGUACUUGUGUUGGAUGAAAAGUGGUGGGAAAUGUCACGGUUUCCUGCUGAGCAUGGAGCGAGUUGUGAAAUCCAAGUGCCUUCUCUUUUGUCUGUGCUGGGGCAGCAGGGCCUUGUGCCAGGGAGAAAAAAACUCCAUGGGGCAACAAGAGCCUGGGUACUGCACAGAGGCUGUCACCUGAAACGGGGCUGUGAGCCACUGUGUUUGAAAGAUGAUCAGAACAAAGGGCUAUCACUUGGACCCUGGCUGGGCAGUUCCAUCAAAUCACUUGCUGUGUCCCCUGUCCUGGGUGCAGCUGGAGUUGUGGUGUGAGUUUUUCUCUCUUCCCAUCAUGCUCUGUGGAGGUGAGUGGAUGGGAAAACCUGUGUGGGAAAAAGCAAGGUUUUUGAGAGCAGUGUGAUUCUUUUCUUAAGUCCUCAUGACCAGCAGAUCAUGUGUGUUCCACUGGCCUCAGAGAAGCUCCCUUGGCAUCAGGGAUCACUUAUGGUGGGGCCAGAAUGGAGAUGCUGGGUGGCAGGAGCAGAGUGUAGUGGUGUCCCCACUGUGGGAGUGUCCUCCAUGAAAACACAAUGAGGAAAGGAGUUGGGGAGUACCCGUUCUGUGGGUUGGGUGUGUCACAGGAGCCUGUGAUUUUGUGUGGUAGGGGCAGAGUUUUUCUGUCUUUCCUGUCUACCAAUUAAUGGCUGGUAAAAGAGUGAGAUGUUCCACCAGGCUGGUGUGUGUGACACCUUCCAUUUUGUCAUAGCUGGGUUAUGUCUUCCAAGGUAAAACCAGCUGCAUUCAGUCCUUUAAAGCUCUUUGUUCCCAGUACAACAUGUUGUGAGGUACAUAGAAGUGCAAAGAUGUCUCUGGAAAUCACUUAUGUCUUAUCAGCCAGUGAUCUGGGCCUUCAGAAAAUGACAAAAAUUUGGAAUUCAUGCUGGUGUAACCCACUGACCAAGGAGCCCACCCUACAUCUUAAAGGAUGUUUUGCAUCUUUGCACCUUGAGACACAAAUAACCCUAUGGCUGCUUUUCCCUUUUACUGGCAGCAGUACCCAAACAACCCCUGGAUUUUCCAUGUUGGAGAGGAGCCUGAUGUAUGUGGUGGUGGGAAGGAGCACUGGCAGGCUGACGGAUGCAGUGCGUUUGACUCUUGCUGAAUGGAUGGGCUAGGGUAGGAAGCUUGGGCUGUGCAGCAUUUUCACAGAGCUGCUACUGAAAAAUCUUAAACCAAAGCUUGAUCCAUUCCCAUCCAUUCCAUGGAUGAAACCAGAACUCCACACGUUUUCAAUGGUUUUUCAGCAGGUUUUACUCUCCAUUUUUCUGUCAUCACCACUUAAUUGUUCAGUUGAACAUUUUGAGAGCUCAUUUUUCUGCUUUGAUACUUGUGCUCAUGCUUUGGAUUUUCAGGACGGGGAGUGUGGAGACUUGGCUGUGGUGUUUGGUGGGGGAAGGAGGGUGAGGAAGGGAUGGCUGAGCCUCAGCAGCAGGAGGACGUGGUGCAGUCUCUGCCUUUGGGCAGGGGACGUUGAGGGGACAGGUCUGGCAGGAUUGAAGCUGGUGGGAGGAGGGGACCUGCUCACGAUGGGUCACACACUCAAGUGAUUCUCUGAUGGAAGGUGGGAGUGUUUCUGAUGGAAGGUGGGGGUGUUUGGGUAUCCCCUCCCCUUCUCUUUGCCACAGUGUCAACCUGUGCUGGUGCCACCCUGGUGUCCGUCAUUGGAGGAAUGAGACCCAGAGGCUGGGCCAAGCCUGGCCUCCCUGGGAGCUGUGGCAUUUGCCUUGGUCCCAAUUUUUGGGGAGAUGGUAGCCUUCUCUGUGGUGUUUCAUUUAUAUCCUCCAUCCUGCCUUGGUGAAGACAGGGAAGGAGAACAGUAGGGAAUAAACAGGAGGCAAAAUUUAGGGCUGCUUUGCUCCCAAGCUGGUCGUCCCAGGGAGCUGUGUGUCAGGAACUGCUGAGGACCAAGGGGCUCACAGGAGCUCAGCCAGCAGCAGCAGUGUGAAAUAGCACCCACAGGCCAGGAGAAGGGACGGUCACACAUGGAGGGCCCAGGAAAAGGGAUGGUCACACAGAGAGGGGCCAGGCUUUGGUCCUUGAAGGUGCCAGAGUUAAGUGGGUGUGUAGGAAGUGAUCAGCUGGGGAUGGGGCAUUUUGUAGGAGCAGCUCAUCCUCUCUUUGCCCAGGGAGGGGGUGAUCAUCCUGCUUACACUCAUCCCACCUGCUGUGAGUGAUUAACCUUUUAAAGAAGGGUCUGAGUUCCUGAGGUGCUCAAUGUCCAGAGCUCCCACACGCUUCGGCUGAAGCCACAUUUGUGCAGUGCCUUUGCAAAUGGAGCUCUCACAGCCGGAGGACUCGGGCUGUGCCCACCUGGAGUCACGAGUCCUGUCUUGCUCUGCAGUUCCCACUGGAAAAGCUGGUGGAGAUGCUGCUCAAAGGAAAUGGACACCUGUCUGUGCAGCACAGACCCGCUCUGCUCCUGGUGCUCCCUGUCUCGGAUGAAGCAGGGAGCAAUGUUGAUCCGGUUUGCUCAGUCCCUUCGUAUCCCAUCACUGCGCGCUGUUUCCGGAGCCUCAACACUUCCCGGAGUUCCCUUGACAAAAUGAGCCGCUCUGCUGGUCAGUCAUGGUUUUAUUUAUAUGUUCUUUUCUUUGAUUAGAAAGGAAAAUGUCAGAAAAUGAGAACGUUUCCAAUAACUGUAUCUGUAGUAGCUACAAUUUUUGAAGCAAUACUCAUAUCCCUGUGUGUGCCUCUGAACUAUCCAUGUAUUUGUUCAGCUUUUUCAGGUCUGGGUGUGUGAAAUAUCUCUAAAGAAGAUAGCUCUGUACGUGAUGGUGUAAAUGCAUUGUUUGUAUGUAUCUAAAGUUUAAAUAGAUUGUACAUAUGGGAUUGUAAAUGAACUGUAAACAGCAAUCUAUAUUUUCUUGAAUAUAUUAUAUAGCAGUAUAUAUUUGUUAAAUAAAUAUUCUUGUAUACUCUUCAAUAACCUUUUUAAUAUUUUGUACAGAUAAGUUUAUUAAAUAUUUUAUUGAUAAAUAGACCUCUGCAAGAUUUUCUUUUGAUGACUUGUGCCUGUGUCCUGAAACCAGAUGUCAGAGCAGCCUUUGUAAACCACCUUUAUUCCCUGGGCUACCUAAGGUGUUAAACCAAAAAUGAAAUACCCAUUCAUUUUAAACUGCCUUCCAGGGCAGCCACAGGUAUUUUCCAAUAAAUAAAUUCACACAA